CCUUUAUACUCCACAAAUAUUAAUAAUAUCAAAAUGCAAAACACCAAAUAUACAAACGAAUGGACUAACUGGAUUGAAGAAGCAAUUUCUAAAGAGUAUUAUGGAUUUUAUGAGCAAAAACAUUUUAAUAAUAUUCAAAAAAUUGGUGCCGGAGGAUUUGCAAAAGUUUAUCGUGCGAAAUGGAAAAAUUCGGAUCAAUAUUUAGCGUUAAAAUCCUUUUUUAAUAUUGAUAAUAUUACUGCGAGAGAAAUUGUUCAUGAGUUUAAGCUUCAACGUAUUAUACAAUUUCAUAAUAACAUUAUUAAAUUUUACGGAGUUGCACAAUUCGACCCAGAAAAUCAAAAUUCUCAAUCAAAAGAUUAUUUACUGGUGAUGGAAUACGCUGAUUCCGGUCCUCUUAAAAAUUAUUUAAAGAAAAACUUCGAUAAUCUGACUUGGAACGACAAAUACAACUUGGCAUACCAAUUAGCUUGUGGCGUAUCAUGUUUGCAUAAUGAAGGAAUUGUGCAUCGUGAUUUGCACUCUGGUAAUGUACUGGUCAAUCAAAAUACUAUUAAGUUAGCCGACUUUGGAUUAUCAAAGAGAAUUGAAACAUUAUCUAACACACGAACGAAAGUUUUUGGAAUAGUUCCUUAUAUUGAUCCGAAAAAAUUUGGUGGACGAAGAAAGAAUAAAAACUCACAAAUAUUCUCAUUAAAUGAAAAAAGUGAUAUUUAUAGUGUUGGAGUAUUAUUCUGGGAGAUUUCUAGUGGUCAACCUCCUUUUUAUACCGAACAAUAUGAUAUUGAGUUGGCUUUAGACAUUUCACAAGGUCUUAGAGAAGAGCCAAUUCCAGAUACACCAGAAGAUUAUAAGAAAAUUUAUACUGAAUGUUGGGAUGGAGAACCUGAAAUACGUCCAUCCAUAAAUCAAGUAGUAGAAAGAUUAAAAACAAUUAUAACAAAAACAAAUAUAAUAACAGAAAAUUAUCAAACAGGAUUAAAUCUUCAACCAACAAUAACGGAUGAACGAGAAUUUAGUCCAACUAAUAAUACUAAUACUUCUUCAAAUACUGGUUAUUCUUCAAAUACUGAUGAUUUUUCAAAUACUGAUAAUUCUUCAAAUACUGAUAAUUCAUUACAUGGAGAAAUGUCACAUGUUAUUCAAAAUUUUAAUAUGAUGAAUACUAAUGAAAUUAUAUCUAUAAUAAACAAAGUCAUUUCACCUGAAAAAAAUAUAAGUAUAAUGGUUAAUAAUAUAGUAAAUUAUAUUUUCAAAAUUACCAAUGAAGGAAAAUAUUCGACAUUAAACAAAAAUAUUAAAAAUAUUUUUGAUUAUUUUAAUAAUAAUAAUAUAAUUUCACGAGAAAUUCAUGAUUGGUUACUUAUUAAUCAAAAUAAUUCAGAUUGUAUCUUUUUACUUGGAUAUUUUAAUUAUUUAGGAAUUGAAACAAGCGAAGAUAAUAAGAAAGCAUUUGAUUUAUUUAUUAAUGCAUCAGAGCAAGGUCAUGUAUUAGCACAAUUUUAUAUUGGAUUAUGUUAUCAAUCUGGUCGUGGAACUAUCAAAGAUGAAAAGUUAGCUUUUAAAUAUUAUGAAAAAGUAGCAAAUAUGGGGUAUGCAUCAGGAUUAUUAAAAGCUGGUUAUUUUUAUAAUUUUGGAAUCGGAAUUGCUACUAAUAAGAAAAAGGCCAUUGAAUUAUAUAAAAAAGCGGCAAAUUUGGGAAAUAGUAUGGCUCAAAAUAAUUUAGCUUAUAUGUAUAAUAGUGGUGAUGGUGUUGAUAAAGAUUAUAAUGAAGCUUUUAAAUUAUUUCAUAGUGCAGCGAAUUCAGGGAAUAGCAAUGCUCAAUAUAAUCUUGCUCUUAUGUACCAAAAUGGAAAAGGAGUUAAUAAAGAUUAUAACAAAGCUUUUGAAUUAUUUAAACAAUCAGCUAAAGGAGGGAAUUUAGAUGGAAUAAUGAUGUUAGGUUAUUGUUAUAAUAAUGGUAUUGGAACUAAUGUCGAUAAGAAAAAAGCAUUUGAAUUUUAUCAACAGUCUGCAAAUUUAGGACAUAAAAUAUCUCAAAAUAAUCUUGGUAUCAUAUACGAAAAUGGAAUAGGUGUUGAUAAGGAUUACGAUAAGGCUUUUGAAUUAUAUGACAGGGCGGCAAAUUCGGGAAAUAGCAGUGCUCAACAUAAUCUUGCUGUUAUGUAUGAAUAUGGAAAAGGGAUUGAAAAGGAUAUAAACCAAGCAAUUUAUUGGUACGAGAAAUCCGCUAAACAAGGAAAUCAAAAUGCUCAAAAUAAAUUAGAAAAAUUAAGAAAAUGGUUCCUAUAGAUUACUAAGAAUAUUUUUAUUUGUAUAGAAGAUACAAUGCAUAUAUAUCCCCUUUCAUCAUUAGCCUAAAAUAGAGUUUCUGGUUUUUUUACAUCUAUUAUAAAAUUAUUUUCUAUAGAUAUUUAUCGCUCUUUAAAUUCGAUUUAUCUAACAAUAAAGGGUAAUCGAAACAUAUUUAAAAUAAAGAUCGGUUUGACAGAACCAUUUAAAAAAAAAUAAUUUAAGAUUUUGCGCCAUCAUUAAAGAUCGCUCGGAUACGCGACGCGAGCCAGUACGACGUUCACCGGGAGGAUUUUUAUUUUUUUUUCCUUUAUCUUGUAGUGAAGUUUCUGGUAUAGCAAAUAGUAAAGCUAAACUGAAUAUUUACUCCUUUAUUUACCUACACGCAACUGUCAAGUUG